AUUGUGCGGAGUCGUGAGCAGGAAGACGGAAACGAGAGCAGAGCCAGGGGGAGGUCAGCCGUAUUUAAACACGAUGUGUCGCCUCGCUAACGGACCGCUGCCCGCCUGCAGGAGCGUGGAUGCUGCGGACGCCGGUGACCUUCGGCUGGACUGGUGAUGGCGCUCAGCGAGCAGACCAGCUGACUAUGGAGACCCUUUCAGCCUCGAUCGUCUUGACAACUGAAGACUGACCGAAUCAUAUUUGCAAUAUUGGACAGCACCGACUGACUGAGGAGAGCGACGUCUGGAAGAGCAGGUGCAGCUUCAGGUCCAGCUCAUCUGGACUCGACUGCCAUAUUCCCAAAAUGUCAUCCACCAUCGAGAGGAAAAGCCUGGAAGCCAAUGAGGAGCCAGUGGACGAGGUCCUCCAGAUGCCUCCAUCUCUCCUGACUUGUGGUGGAUGCCAGCAGAGCAUCGGAGACCGUUUUUUCCUAAAGGCCAUCGAGCAGUACUGGCACGAGGACUGUCUGAGCUGCGACCUGUGUGGCUGUCGACUGGGAGAAGUCGGCCGUCGGCUCUACUACAAACUGGGACGGAAAUUAUGUCGGCGAGAUUACCUCAGACUGUUUGGCCAGGACGGUCUCUGCGCGUCCUGUGAGAAAAGGAUCAGAGCCUUUGAGAUGACGAUGCGUGUCCGAGACAAGGUCUACCAUCUGGAGUGUUUCAAGUGUGCCGCCUGCCAGAAACACUUCUGUGUCGGUGACCGCUACCUGCUCAUCAACUCGGACAUUGUUUGCGAGCAGGACAUCUUUGAGUGGACCAAACUCACUCACAACAGCAUGGUUUGAAAUAAACUGUCGGAGGAUUUGGAGCAUCUCUAUGUCCUCGCGAGAGAAAAACGUUAUAAAUAUACAUGUUUGCAGCUCUGUCACGUGUUUUUUACUUGAGAGAUCAACAUGGUCUGGAAUGACUUCAUCUCGGUGGGAAUUGUUCUAAACUGCACCAGCAACAACUCAGGAUUUGAUGCUGAGAAAUUUUAAUAUAAACAUGCAAUAUGAAUGACCUGCAUUACUCAAGAGAAUGCAACUCUUGUAAACGUUUUUUUUUUACUAUGAAAUGCUUUUGCAUCUUCUUUGUCCAGUCUGAAACACUGUUGAAGAUUGUGCGUUUAAUUCCUUUUUGUGGAAUUGCAAGUUGAA